CCUAUAUUAAGAUAUAGCCCAUCAACUUUUGUAAAUGUUUUAGCCAUUACCAACAACACAGCAACUACUGGCACCGAAUUUACAUCUAAUACUAAUAAAACUAUUGCUGCUGUUAUUGCUGCAUGA